CUUCCCGCCGCGACCUCACGCAGCCGGGUUGAUCGCACCUUCUUCCUGGCGGCAGCUCCGCCUUUUUACAAGGCCGGGGAAGGGGGGCGUUAACCAUUUCGUCUUUUGCCGUGUAGGGUUUUUGGUUUUUUAAAAAAGCACGCGAAUCUCUUAGAGACUCUUCUGCUGUGACAUUUAGGCUUCCGCUGUUUGGAACGGUAGCGCGGUGGCUUGAGUGGGUGGCCAAUACUUGACAUCGCCUGUAGAGUGUUCAUCUGGCAGUCUCUGAAGGCAGGGCCGGUUCCUGGUUGUUGGAGUUCCUCUGGGCAAUGUGCCUUUGGUAGAUCCCUGUCCUCGUCUCUCCAGCGGGCCCGAUCCUCCCUACUACACCACCUAAAGAGAAAGGAUAAGUCAAGAUAAUCCAUUUACUGAAAUGCCUAGACUCCAGUCAUGCAGAGUCCACCAGGCCUCCAAAAUUAAACACUUUGGGUUCAGCUUCCUUAAAGUUUAUUUUGAAAAUAAAAGCAUUUGCAAGUGUCCCAAUCAUCUGAAGGUGUCAGGCAUUAACUAUCUGGACGGUAAGCAUUAAACCAGGGGAUGUCCUUAAUGGAGUACUAUUUCUGACACCUGAAGUCUAAAGUCUGACCUUGCCAGAUGGAUAUAUGGAAGACAAUGAAGAUUUAGUGGAGUCAGAUUAUUCUUUUAGAGUCAACUUGUUGUUCUGCUAGGGUGCCCGGUAUUUUUUUAAGCAUCUCACAAAGAGGUAAUGCAUGUCUCUUAAAGAUACCUGACCUUUAGCAACUUUUUAAUACCUAUCUGGACUUCACCAGCAUUUCCCAUGUUAACAGUUCUGAGCAUGUUUUACUACAUUCGCCUUCAGCAACAAGCCAGGACAGCUUCAAGGGGAGAACUUAUGAACAAUCGGAGAGCUGUUGAAUCAAACAGAACUUUACCUAUUGAUGUUGAAGUAGUCCAAUAUGCCAAAGAAGUGUUGGAUUUCAGUUCCCAUUAUGGUAGUGAAAACAGCAUGUCAUAUACCAUGUGGAAUUUGGCUGGAAUUCCUAAUGUAUACCCUAGCUCUGGUGACUUUACACAGACUGCUGUAUUUCGAACUUAUGGAACAUGGUGGGAAAUGUGUCCCAGCGCACAAUCACCAUUUAAAAGGACACCACCGAGUUUCCAUAGCCAUGAUUAUGUAGAACUUGCUUUUGAUGAACCAGUUUAUCCUACAGCAAUACACGUUUUGGAAACAUAUCACCCUGGUGCCGUCGUUAGGAUUUUGGCAUGUUCUGCAAGUCCUUAUUCCCAAACUCUGCCUACUGAAGUAAGAUGGGAUAUCCUUUGGUCAGAGCCGCCUACCAAGGUAAAUUCACCUCAUGGACGUCGGUUUACACCCAGUAUCAAACAGAUAAACUUUCCUACAAACCUAAUUCGUCUGGAAGUAAACAGUUCCCUUUUGGAUUAUUACACUGAAUUGGAUGCAGUAGAAUUACAUGGUUUAAGAGAGAGGCCUGUGCUUUCAUGUAAUACUUCAUUGAUUGAUAUGAAUGAUCUGGAUGAUGAAGAAGAUGAAGAGAGAAAGAGCUGCAGCAUGGACAGUCUUAAUAAGCAGUUUAGUGCUGCUGCCUUCAAGGAAUGGACAACUAAUGGAUACUUUGAUAAAUUGCCUUAUGAGCUCAUCCAGUUAAUUUUGAGUCACCUUGCAGUCCCAGAUCUAUGUAGACUAUCGCAGACGUGUAAGCUACUAUAUCGGCAUUGCUGUGAUCCUCUACAGUACAUUCACCUCAGUUUGAAACCUUAUUGGGCAAGGAUAAAUGACACAGCUCUGGAAUAUCUACAGUCUCGUUGUAUCCUUGUCCAGUGGCUGAAUUUAUCUUGGACAGGAAACAGAGGAACCAUUUCUCUAUCUGCUUUUAGCAGGUUCCUAAAGGUUUGUGGUUCAGAACUAGUGCGCCUAGAAUUGUCUUGUGGACAUUUCCUCAAUGAGGCUUGCUUGGAGGUUAUUGCUGAGACAUGUUGGAAUCUUCAGGAAUUAAAUCUCUCCUCCUGUGAUAAGCUGCCACCUCAAGCUUUCAAUCACAUUGCCAAAUUGUGCAACCUUACACGUCUAAUUCUUUAUCGAACAAAAGUAGAGCAAACAGCACUGCUCAGCAUUCUGAACUUCUGUUCAGAGCUUCAGCACCUCAACCUGGGUAGCUGUGUAAUGAUUGAAGACUAUGACACAGUUGCUAGCAUGAUAGGAGCCAAGUGCAAAAAACUUUGUACACUGGAUUUAUGGCGAUGUAAAAACAUUACUGAAAAUGGAAUUGCAGAGCUAGCUUCUGGUUGUCCACUGUUGGAGGAGCUUGAUCUUGGAUGGUGCCCAACACUUCAGAGCAGCACUGGCUGCUUUGCAAAACUUGCACGUAAACUCCCAAACUUGCAAAAGCUAUUUCUGACAGCCAACAGGUCUGUGUGUGACUCUGACAUAGAUGAACUUGCCGCAAAUUGUAUUAAUCUCCGGCAGCUUGAUAUUUUGGGCACAAGAAUGGUAAGCCCUGCUUCUUUAAGAAAAUUGCUGGAGUCUUGUAAAGAUCUUUCCUUACUUGACGUGUCCUUCUGUUCACAAAUUGAUAAUAGAGUUGUCCUAGAACUGAAUGCCAAUUUUCCUAAUGUGCUCAUCAAGAAGAGUUUCACUCAGUGACUCAGUUCAUAUGCUGCUAUAUGGAAUUGAUUUGACAAUUUUGCUUCCUGUGAAUUUGUGCUGACUUUUUUCAAAGAAAAAAUAUUCUGUGAAUAAUAGGAAAAAGUUAACUCUUCUUGACAUGAAGGUUAAAUGACAAAGAUGUAAAAUGCGAUGACCCAUUAUUCUUUGUACGGAUUCCAGUUACUGUACUUGGCCAGUGGUCCUUCAUAUCUGAAAUGGAAAAAAAUCAUGUAAUUGUAAGGUGGCAUACAUUUAAAUGCAUAUUAAGGAGCGUUCAAUGUUACUUGGAUAUUAACAUUAAAAUCAACUUGUAGCACUAUCAAGGAAUGAAUGAGAGAACUUUAUUUUAAGUUUUAGUAUUGGUCUCUAAGGUAUCUCCCAUUGUUUUUAACUUCAGUCUUGAUACAAGAUACAAAAUUUAUGUUGGGUUUUAACUGUUGUAAUGUUGUGUCAGAUUUGUUUGUCUGAAAGCAGGUUUCUUUUGCAUCAAUGUCCGAUUAGGGCUGCCAACUGUAAUCAAGGCAAUUAACAGAGCAAUCUAAGGGUGGGACCCAUGAUGGAGGAACCUCCAGAUAGUGGGUGUUUUCAUUUUUUUCUAUUUCUGUGGCUUAAAAAAUGCCUUCCAUUGGGAGGGAAAAUAAGUGCACCAGCAACAGGGCUAGCAUACUUUCCCUCUCCAACCUUCAUUUUGGAGGUGUGUCAAGGGCUCCAAAAGGCUUUGGAUCCAGCAGACUGUCCCUGACAUUCCUCUUUCCCUUCUUGCCUCCUUCAGAGCACUGAUGGAGGUACAGCCACACAGAUUUCCACCACUGCAGUGAAGUCUCUGUGAGCAGACCUCUUUUCCCACCCCUUGAUCUCCUUGUCUGCCUGUGGAGAAGGAGAUUGACAAAGUUCUGUGGCACACAGAAUGCCCUCCCAAAGACCAUUUAAUUGCAGAUUUUAAAAAAAUGCACCCUAGUUAAUCAGAGGAUUGACAGAUAAAUAAAGAUCCUGGGAUUUUUAAAGAGCAUGAUACAAUGCACGUUAUACAAGUAUAUCAGGUCCUUCCUCUCUACCAAUGCUGUGGAGUCGGUACACCAAACCUUCGACUCCGACUCCUCUAUUUUUCUACUGUCCGACUCCGACUCCACCCAAAAUUGCUUCUUGUCAAUCAAAAUUUAUAUGGAAGUCGGAGUCGGUACAUUUGUACCGACUCCUCCCAAAAUUGCUCUUGACUCUGACUCCUACUCCACCCAAAAUUGCUUCCGACUCCACGACUCCGACUUCACAGCCCUGCUCUCUGCCUCAGUGUGGAUCCAAAAUAAAUGGAAAGAUUUGGAUUCCUGCAUUGAGCAGAGGGUUAGACUGAAUGAUAUUAUAGGCCACUUCCAACUCUAUGAUUCUAUGAUUGCUUGUCUACCAUAUAAUCUAAAGCCAGUACAGGGGCUUAUGAUCUCAAAGAAUUAAGGUGAAUAUUUUAAAUAUGAGUAAUAUUACAUUAUUUUAUUAAUACAAUAGUAUUUAAUGUUAGUGAUCAUAGGUGGAAUCCAACACUGCAUGAGCAGACUCCUUCUUCCUACUGUAAGCCCUCAAGAUCUGGUCCAGAGGGUUGAGGAAUCGUCCAGAGCAGAUUUUGGAGGCAGAAACUGCAUGAGGAACUGCAUAGGAGAGGAGACAAAGUAGCAAUUCCAUUGUAUGAGUAGAAACCACUCGUGCAUGGACAGUGUUGGAUUCAACCUCAUUUUUUUUUCCAGAUUCUGCAUGUUUUAUGAACAUCCAGCAAGCACAUACUAUCUGGAUUCAUUGCAAAGUAGGGGAACACUUAACAUUAUUACAGUCUGAUAAGCUGGACCCAAACAUUCCUCUCUCAGUAAGAUUCUUUUGGAGAAAGUGAAAUUUUGGAUCCAACCAACUAAAAUUAAUUAAGUAUAAACCACUUACAAGGUUUAAAAUAGCUGUACACCUUUGAUUUUAAUGAGUCUUUAGCAUGUGCAACUUUCUUUGUUUAUUUUGUUGGUGUUGCUUAUCUGGUAGAAAAGCAGGUAACAGGUUUUCUGUCUCAAGAAGUCUGCUGCUGCAAUGCAUAGUACCCCAAAGAAUACUAAAACGUAAAUUGGAAAAGGAGGGUCUCUUGGAGGGCAUUCUUCAAAGGAGUAAUAAAUUCAAGCUGUCAGUUUGAUCAUAAAUUAAGGCUCAAUUUUUAUUCAAGUAUUUGUAUUAAUACAGCAUUCAAAGAAGAGGGGGAGAACCACUUAGUGCUUUUCUAACAUUUUUCCAGAACUUUUUCUACAAGUCUAUAGAAUAUUCAAAAUAGGGUGUAUUGGUCUGCACUCCUACACAGACAUCAUUAUAGGUUGGCAUGCUAGUUUCUUCCAUUUUACUUUCAUUAAAGAAACUGGAGAUAAUGUAGGAUUGCUUAGCAGGUAAAAUCCUUACGUUUUCCCUCCCAUAAGGUCAGCUAUGUGGGUACACAAUCAUCCGUAUCUGUCUGUAGAAGAAUGUUACUGACAUCCAAGAGAUGUAUAGAGAUGACUACAGCAAUUUUUGUGAUCAUGGUGACUGGAGAACUUGUUGCCACAAUUAUGGAAAUGGCUGCUGUUUAUUUUUUGUACUAACCAGUUCACAUUAAAGUUUCUCCAUGCGUUGAAGUGUGCAUGUGUGAACCAGUUUUUAACAUAUCUAAAUUUGAACAUUGUACUUGACUGACAGCUAUCGUAAAGUUCUGUAAAAAAAUAUAUAUUUUGCAUCUAAAAAUGUUUCUAUAUAAAUAAUAUCCAGUGUAUUUAAGAAUUAAAUUUCUACAUACCUGUGACGGAAGAGUGCUCCUUUGGACUCGGUAUAUUUACAAAAUUUAAUAU